AGGCUGCCACUGCUUCGAGGCCCCGCCUCUGCGUCUCUCGCAGAGGCGGCGGAAGCUGGGGUUGCCCCUCAGAGGGGAUGUGAGCGGUUUCCCCUCAGAGGCCUGCGGUCCCGCAGCCUCCGCCCCUCCUGUCCCGCCUCGGCGCUGCCCAGGGCAUCCGUGCCGCCGUCAUGGAUCUGACUUUAAACCGAGCGGAUUAUUUACAGGUGGGCGUGACCUCUCAGAAGACUAUGAGACUACUUCCUGCCUCAAGACAAAGGGGUACACAAAAGGUGGUUAUUGGUGAUCAGGAUGGGGUAGUUAUGUGCUUUGGCAUGAAGAAAGGAGAAGCAGUGACAGUGUUUAAGACCUUACCAGGGCAGAAGAUUGGAAGAUUGGAGCUUGGAGGGGUUCUUAACACACCCCAAGAGAAAAUUUUUAUUGCUGCAGGAUCUGAGAUUAAAGGCUUCACAAAGAGAGGAAAACAGUUCCUCUCUUUUGAAACAAACCUCACUGAAAGCAUUAAAGCUAUGCACAUAUCUGGCUCUGACCUCUUUCUCAGUGCAAGUUACAUCUAUAACCAUUAUUGUGACUGCAAGGAUCAACAUUAUUACCUUUCUGGGGACAAAAUCAAUGACGUCAUCUGCCUUCCAGUGGAAAGAUUACCUCGUAUUACACCAGUAUUGGCCUGCCAGGACAGAGUACUCAGAGUUUUACAGGGAUCUGAUGUGAUAUAUGAAAUUGAAGUUCCUGGCCCACCUACUGUUUUACAACUGCACAAUGGAAAUGGUGGUGACUCUGGAGAAGACCUUUUGUUUGGAACAUCAGAUGGAAAACUUGGACUUGUUCAGAUUACUACAUCCAAACCAAUACACAAGUGGGAAAUUCGAAAUGAGAAAAAGAGGGGAGGUAUUUUAUGUGUGGACAGCUUUGACAUAGUGGGUGAUGGGGUUAAAGAUUUACUUGUUGGGAGAGAUGAUGGAAUGGUGGAAGUGUAUAGUUUUGAUAAUGCAAAUGAGCCUGUUCUACGAUUUGAUCAGAUGUUAUCUGAAAGUGUCACAUCUAUCCAGGGUGGUUGUGUAGGGAAGGAUGGCUAUGAUGAAAUCGUGGUAUCCACAUAUUCAGGCUGGGUUACAGGUCUGACAACAGAGCCUAUAUAUAAGGAAAGUGGACCAGGAGAAGAACUAAAAAUUAAUCAGGAGAUACAGAAUAAGAUUUCUUCCUUACGGAAUGAGUUAGAACAUUUGCAGUAUAAGGUACUACAGGAGCGAGAGAAAUAUCAACAGUCUUCUCAAUCAAGCAAAGCAAAAUCAGCAGUACCUUCAUUUAGUGUAAAUGACAAGUUUACAUUAAAUAAAGAUGAUGCUAGCUACAGUCUUAUCUUAGAGGUUCAAACAGCAAUAGAUAAUGUCUUAAUACAGAGUGAUGUUCCAAUAGAUUUGCUUGAUGUGGAUAAAAAUUCUGCUGUUGUCAGCUUUAGCAGCUGUGAUUCUGAGUCAAAUGACAACUUUCUUCUCGCCACUUAUCGGUGCCAGGCAAACACCACAAGGCUGGAACUCAAGAUUCGCUCAAUCGAAGGCCAGUAUGGCACACUUCAAGCAUAUGUGACUCCGAGGAUUCAACCCAAAACCUGUCAGGUCCACCAGUACCUUAUCAAACCCCUUUCACUCCAUCAAAGAACUCACUAUAUUGAUCAUGACAGACCCAUGAAUACACUGACUUUAACAGGCCAGUUCAGUUUUGCUGAAGUUCACUCCUGGGUGGUUUUUUGCUUGCCUGAAGUUCCUGAAAAACCUCCAGCAGGAGAAUGUGUGACAUUUUACUUUCAGAACACUUUCCUGGAUACACAACUUGAAAGUACCUAUAGAAAAGGAGAAGGAGUUUUUAAAUCUGACAACAUUUCUACUAUAUCCAUCCUAAAAGAUGUGCUCUCUAAAGAAGCUACAAAAAGGAAAAUUAACCUCAACAUAUCAUAUGAGAUAAAUGAAGUAUCAGUCAAACACACCUUAAAGCUAAUCCACCCAAAGCUGGAGUACCAGUUACUUUUGGCUAAGAAAGUGCAGUUAAUUGAUGCUUUAAAGGAAUUGCAGGUUCAUGAGGGACAUACAAAUUUUCUGAUACCAGAAUAUCGCUGUAUUCUUGAAGAAGCAGAUCACCUACAGGAAGAAUAUAAAAAGCAACCUGCACAUCUUGAAAGACUGUAUGGCAUGAUCACUGAUCUUUUCAUAGAUAAGUUCAAGUUCAAAGGCACCAAUGUGAAAACCAAAGUACCUCUUUUACUGGAGAUUCUGGACAGUUAUGACCAAAAUGCAUUGAUUGCUUUCUUUGAUGCUGCAUGAAAUAUAAACAAGGUAAAGUUCCAAACAGUUGUCUGUUUAAAUGAAGAAUACUAAAACAUAAUUACAAGCUAACUUUAUAAACUUUUAUUUCAAGUGAUUUUUAGUAUUAUCAAAAAAUAUCAAGAUAUGGCUUUUUUUAGUAAUACCGCUUUCUUUUGAGAAACGGAACUUUUUUUAAAUUAGAAUUUUUAUUUUUAAAACAAGUAGAAUGAUUAUAAGGGAUUUUAAUGAAUUUUUUAGAAGUGGCUAUUUUAACUUUUAAGUUGAGAUAUAGUAUUCAGAAAAUAAUAUAUUCAAAUAUUUGACAAGCUACGCACACAUACAUAUGUAAACUCCUUUACAGUUUUCAAAAUAUUUUUAUAUACAUUACUUCACUUAAUCUUCACUAUAUAUUUAUUUCUGUUUUGUCAAAGCAUUUAAGAAAGCUGAUUCUUAGUGAGAUAAAGUGAUUAAGAGGACAUGCUAUUACUUUGUAAAGCUGGGAUCAGAACCCAAGUUCGGGUGCCUGGUUUGUGUCCUGUUUACUAUGUAUGCUGUUAACCAGUGGAAAUAACAUACCAGUUACUUUUUACAGGAGUUGAGAUUGACCUGCAACAGAUUUUGCUCUUGCUAGGUAAAUUUUUGUGUCCCAUGUUUAUUUUGUGGUAGGCUUAAGUUGGCUUGGUACUGUAAUUGUGGCCAGGGAAAUGAACAGAGUUUAUACAGAUUGGGAGCAUCUUAAUUUGAUGUGCUGUGACCUAUAAAGCUAUACAAGUGUACUAUAUUGAGUAAUAAAAAAAUAGUGAUGGCCUCUUUAGAUUUUCUUGCACUAGUGUCCACUCAUUUCCUUUUUAUUAUAUAUGUAGGAAAAUAUGACCUUAAAACUACAGAAUUUUGUUCAUUAAUCUUAUUAAUUCAUAUUAUUCAUAUUCAGGGGAAUAUUGUAUUUAAACUUUGUCUUAAAAUGGUUUAAAGAUUAUAGUGGAAAACAAGCCAUUUGUUUUUAAGAAGAGCACACUUAUGAACUUGUCAGAAAACAAUAAUGCUUAAUUAUAUACCCUUAUAUUUAAUACUGAUGUACAAGCCUUUUGUGUAUUAAAUGUGAAAACUUGUAUAAGGCACAUAUUAAUAAAAGUUUUAUUUUAAUAAG